AUGACGCUGGUUUUCACCACUCUGUUCAUCCUCUGCUUGACAAGCCGAACCUCAUAUGCAUCGAGGACCCCAUGUGAUUUUAACGAUGAAGAAUGCAUUACUAACUCAUUUAACGAAACUCUUCCCGCGAUUGCUGCUGGGAUCCCAACACUCGGAGUUAAGCCUUCAGAUCCACUAAAGAUGGAAAUAAUAAUUGGAGUGUUACCUAAAUUGACAUAUAUCUUCAGGAAUGCAGUAAUGACGGGCUACAAGGAUUGCAUUGUUACCAAUGCUUUGCUUAAAUUAGAAACAUCAAAGUUUAUUUACGACUUAUUGUGUCCAUCGUUGGUGCUAAAAGGAGAUUACGAAAUGAAUGGACAGAUGUUUGAAAAUAUUAUAAAUGGCAAAGGAAAUGGAACUGUCGUGACUGAAAAUAUACAUAUCCAAAUUGAUGCUGACCUUGAAAAAUAUAAGAGUGACACUGACAAAGAGCAUAUAUUAAUUAGGACAGCUCAAAUAGAACAUCAUGAAAGAACUAAUGUUGUAAUUGGAUUUGAACAUAUAAACAAAGAUAAUGACGAACUUGCUGCUAAGAUAUUAAAACGCUUGAACGAGAAUUGGUUGGCAGCCAGCAAGUACGCCGAGGGACCUGCUUUCCGUUUCGCAAUGAACUUGUUCAUUCAAAAUAUAAACACUUACUUCAAGAAAGUACCCUUAGACGAAUUGUUUUAUAAAGUUUAA